ACGGUAUCGAUAUCUUUCUAUUAUACGGUAUACCGGUACAGAGCUCGAGAGAGGAGAGGACGUCUGCUCUACUGUAAAAAGAGGCAUCAUAUUUUUCGACUUUAGUCUAGGCCUAUACCGAAUGUCGACGCCGACUUCAUCUUAGCUAGGUUGUUGAUCGGCAGAGGCUGGAAAGAACUUAGUCUUGAUGUUAGCUGCAGCAAGAAUCCAGCAAGAUAAACUAAACCUGAAGGAGAGUGCAUUGUAUUACCUUGACAAAACUGAUCAGCUAGCUUCAAUUAAGAAAAAGUGUAUUGAAAUACAGCAGAGCAAUGAAAAACAAAUCCAGAUUUACAGCUUCCUUAUCAACAUCGAUAUCCAAGAAUUAUGCCAGAUUGAUGCGGAACUCGCAAACAUGGUUACUUGCAAGCCAUCAGAUGCAUACACAUUAUUUCAGGAAGUAUGUUUUACCACAUCACACACACUUGGAGUCAUUCCAAAGAGCAUCAAACCAACUCAAAUCCACUGUAAUCUCAUGCUCAAAGGCCUACCUACACUCCCUAGCUUCAUAUUGCAACCAAGAGAUUACUUUGCAUCCAAGUUUGCAUCCCGCUUUUACCAGUUUGUAGGCGUGGUGUGUAGUAUGACAUCUCCUUCCAAAUAUACUCGAUGUGCCAAAUAUAGAUGUCCAAUUACUGAAUGCUAUGGAUCAGAUGAAAACACAUAUGUUAGAUUGCACACUGCAGGAGCCAAAGAGACACAGACUGUUAGGAAUGAUUUCCAUUGCUUCUAUUGUGGUACUCUCCUUGUUGAAGAUGUGAAUGGUAGAAUCAUUGGAGAACGGCUCAUUGUGAAGAUGGUAUGCAAAGAUGCAUUUUAUGAAGCUGCAUGUCCACAGUAUCAUCAGUCUAUAACAGUGUACAUCAGAGAUGACCUGAUGCCCUCAGUCUUCCUUGGUGGGUGUUUUAAUGUGGUUGGAAUACCUGCAAUAGAAAACUCUGGUUCAAAGAUGUCACUAGCAUUUGAGGCAAACAACAUAUUGCUGAUUGAAGAGCCAGCCACCGCACUGAUGCCAAAAAAUAUUCCAGAGACUAUCAAUCAACUCUAUACGGACCGUGUAUCAUCUCCAUGGAGUUUCAGUUCAAGCAUAGCAUACUUGUUUGCUCCUGACAUAGCACCACAUGGAACCUUUCACAAACUUAAACUCCACCUUCUGCUAAGUCUAAUGCAGACAACACAAUGUGAAAAGAUCCUAGAUGUACUAGCUGUUGGCAAGGAUACCCAUAUACUGCAUAGACUAAUGAUGCAUGUAGCAUCGUUAGUUAAUCAGCAGGUAACACAUGCUUCAUCCACGCCCAUAUUUGGUCAUAUUCAAAAGGAUCAACAGACUGGUACAUGCAUCAUUGAAGCUGGCUCUGUAGUACUUGCACACCAUGGAGUGUGUUUACUAGGCUGCUUGGAUACAUGGAAGAAAGAUGCCAAGGAAAAACUGAGAGCAGCAACGGACAACAGGGUGAUAACAUUGACUGUCCCACGUACUGUAGAUGCUGGUCCUCUACAGAUACAUACCUUACCUCUUCAAUCAACCUUGUGGGCCUAUGCUAGUCCUGAUGUAAGAAAGAUGAAAGCAGAUCUCUUUGUGGCACAGGAUAUUGAUGAAAAUUCCAAAAAGAUUCCAGAAGGCUUCAGUAUGGUAGUGAUGUGUGAUAACAAUGAACAGACAUGGGAUGAAUUCAAAGAAGCAAGUCUGAUCCAUCAAGCUUUGCUUGGUGCUAUGAAUGCCACACAGGAUCAACCUCAUCAAGUCAUUUCAAAUCAAGACUUUAGACAGUUCAUUACCCUUGCAAGCCAGCAGCCUGCAGAACUGACCAAAUCCGCCCAGCAGCUUAUAAAGGGAUACUUUGUGGGGAGUAGAAGGGUGCGAUCAUCUGGUGUGAGGGGUACACCAUUCCCUCCUGCUGCGCUCAAGACCCUAACAAGUAUGGCAGCUGCCCAUGCUAAGUUGUGCCUCCGUAAAGAUGUAACAGAGAAUGAUGCUACACUAGCCAUUAUGCUUUAUGAGGAGUCAAUCACUGCUAGAUUUGGUUACUCAACCCUAAAUGUACACCCCUGCCCACAUUUCAGGGACAGCAAUAUGAGUAACUAUCUAGGCCCAGAGAAUGACCUUCGUAUGCAGCAGUUUCAGGAGCAGCUGCGGAGAUUCUGUGCAAACCACGAUCCCAACUUCAGUAUUCAUUCUCCAGAAGAUUAGCUAAUCACAUGGGAUUAGAACAUACAGGAAAGGGAAUGCAGACAAAUGUAGAUGGACCCUUUUUCAUAGUGAUCAUAUUUGAUCUCAUCAAAUCGAAUGCCAGGAUUACAGUAGCCUUCAAGUGUACUCUAUUAAACAUAUUGUUGGAAACUUGUUUAAUGAAACCGGGUCACUAUAAACUUGUCUUAUAUAGAAAUCAUCAAAUUAUGGUGCAGGAUAUAACCGUAUAUUAUUAAAAUCUUUAUUUUUGGGUUUGUUUGAUAUUUGUCUGUAUUAGAUUUAUUAAAUUGACAUUGUACAAAUACUUGUAUAAAUGCAUUUAAAUACAAAUAAAAGUAAUAUUUUGUUAAUAUUAAUGAUCCUAUGAUUACACACAAUCAUUUGUACAUCAAAUUUGUUCCAAAAUGUUCUUUUAUGCAACAUUGAUUUUUCAUGCUCUUCUUGAAAGAAAUUUGAAUGUUUGAUAUUGAAUUGAAAGUGUAUUUACAUAUUUUCAUUGACAGAUUAUAUAUUUAUUAAGUUUUGUUUGUAUAUACUCUGUAUUAGAGUUGAAAAAGAAUGUUCAUUCUGAAUGUAUUUUUAAAGAUAUAUAUUGAUCUGGAUGUUUUUAUGCAAGGUUGAACCUGGAGAAGUGUAUGCUAAGCAGUAAAGCUUUCGAAUUAUUUUUGUUGACAAAUAUGCAUAUAUUUAUUAGAGUUUUAUAUAACAAUAUAUACUCAUUUAUUUAUUCAUUCAUUAGAGAUUUAUUGUUAAAAAGAAACUAGUGGGAAAGAUACAAACAAUGUCCGAGUGUAUAUAUAGUAGACAUUCGUGUAAAAUCUAAUGAAUAAGACAUUUAGUACAUGUAUUACAUUUUUACAACUUUUUUUUCUGUUCAGAAGAGUGCUUGCUAUAUAAUGUUCUCUAUCUAUUACAAAUGGACAAGCGUGCCAGAUGCAUUGUUGAUAGUCACAUAGUUUUUUUUUCUUGUUUAAAAAGCUAUUUUUGCCUUCUUUAUAACAGAAUAAGCUUAACUUGCCAGUAUUUUGUAUUACAAUUAUUGCCUUUCAUUGCCUUUGAGAUGUAUAUAAAUGUGUGUAAGUAUUUAGCAUAAUUCUUUUGUUGUGGUCCAAGGCUGAGGUAGUUAUGACCCUAUGCAAAUCCCAAAUCAGUCACCUUCAAACUAUUCCCCAUGGGAAAUUCUUACUAUAGUCCAUCCAGAAUAUCUUGCACCUUUGAUGCACAUUUUUUUUUCAGUGCAAACUCUAUGUAAUGGACAAUGUUACCUUACCAAGACUCAUGCAAAAUGACAUGACUUUUAGAUGAAGGGCAUUUUCAUUAAUAAGAACCCUUUUUUUAACAUUUGACAUCCAUUUGUCUCCAGGUUCAUUUUAUUUACUUCAUGAGCUGUUAAAAGUCAUGAUAAAGGUUCAUAUUGAUGUAUUGUGGCAUUUAUUUUCAGACUAUAGAUGAAUUGAUUGUCACUUUGAUUUGUUUUAUUUUUCUAUUCCAUCUUUAAUUACAUGCCAUAAAUAUUUUUUGGUCUAUUUCCAAUAAAAUGGUCAUACUGGAUUGAUAACAUAUUUUUACAUUAUCAAAGUAUAAAUGAAUUUAACUACCGUAAAUUUUCUGAGGAACCAUUUCUUACUGUGAUUUUUAAUGAUUUUUUAUGUUUUGAGUAUAGAAAAGUUAUUUAUUUAAUUCAUGAAACAGUGGUAUUAGCAUGUGUUUUGUGAUAAUUUAUUGAAGUUUGCAGGUCAAUGGUUAAAAGGUUAAACAUUGUACAUGUGUGCAUUAGAUUCACUAGCGUACCUACGGGGGGCAGUCUGCCCCCCCUGAUGAGCCACAACCCAUGCCCCCCUGACAAGCUUGAAAGACCUUUUUUGCCCCCCCCUGACGAGCUUAAAGACCUUUAUUGCCCCCCUGACGAGCUUUUUUUUUUUUUUUUGCUUGUCAAAUUUUUUUCUGGUACGAAAUCCUUUGAUUUGUGAUUGAAGACCUUCUUUUUUUUUUUGCUUGUCAAAUUUUUUGGCGGACGGUUUUGCCCCCCCUGUGGAAAAUCCUAGGUACGCCACUGAUUAGAUUCCUGGAUAAUCAUAAUUUUCAUACAUUGCAAGAGGUAUUACUAUUGUUGAUAAAUGAUCUUUGGUUUGUAAAAAGCAGAAAUAUAUUUUGUUUAUAAUACCAUUGUUUUUGCAUAUGGUUUUCUACAAUGAAAUACAUGUACCCGGUAUACCCUUUUCAGACCUUAAGAACUGUAUGCAAAAACAAUGGUAUUCAUAGAAAAAAAAUUCUGCUUUUUACAAACCAGAGAUCAUUUAUCAACAAUAGUAAUACCUCUAGCAAUGACAUAGUCUUAACAAAAGAAAAUGUAUAGGACAUGUAUUUAUGGGACACUGGACACCGAUUUUUUUUUCAUGAAACCUGAAGUACUUUUAGCUCUACCAAUUUAUGCAAAUAACGGGACAAAAUACCUUGGCUUUUGUAGAAGUCUAUAAAUUAUAAUUCAUGGCUUUUAAAGUGAUUUUUUCACACAUUACAAUUACCCAUCUCUUGGAGUGUUAUUUUCAUCUACACUGUAACAAAAUAAUAAGUUUGGAGAGUAUAAAGCUAAAAGUAUAGUAUUUCAUAGUAUUAAAAACAGAAAGUCAUUUUAUGUAUUUGGGAAAAAGGCAAUCUUAUUUAUUCCCAUUUAUAUUUUUGUUUUGUGCAAUAAGAAGUUAUAGAUCAUAUAGCAAGCAUGAAUCUUGAAGGAACGUGUUAACACUGUCAGUCUUUACCAAAAUAAAAAUUUGUUCAGAGUUAAGAGUAAA